AUGGGAGGGCUCAGCGAGGGGCUGCGGGCUCAGCCAGAGGGAGCGGGCAGGGAGUGGGGGUCGGCGCUUCCGGCCGGCGCCCGCGGCCCCCACCCGGCCGGCGGGAGGAGGCGGGGAGGUGGCUGCGCCCUCCGCCGCCGCCGCUGCCGUGAGUCAGGCUCGGGCUGCAGCCGGCGGCCGGCCUGGCGCUGCGGAGGGAGCGCAGGCAGCGGGGGAGGCGGGCCGCCGGGACAGCCAGCCACCCGCGGGACGGCGGAAGGACGCGCGGAGCGCGGCGCAGGCUCGGCCCGGCCGCCGAGGAGUCGCCAGUCGGCCCAGGGCCCCAGCCAGUGCCCAGCCCCGCUGGGAGCUCCGGCCAGCACCACGGACGGCACCCAGGAAGCCCGAGUCCCCCUGGACGGGGCCUUCUGGAUCCCGAGGCCCCCAGCAGGUUCGCCCAAGGGCUGCUUCGCCUGCGUGUCCAAGCCCCCCGCCCUGCAGGCUCCAGCGGUCCCCGCCCCUGAGCCCUCCACCUCGCCCCCCAUGGCUCCCACCCUGUUCCCCAUGGAGUCCAAGAGCAAUAAGACAGACAGCGUGCGGGCCGCCAGCGGCCCCCAGGCCUGCAAGCACUUAGCGGAGAAGAAGACCAUGACGAACCCCACCACAGUCAUCGAGGUGUACCCGGACACCGCGGAGGUGAACGACUACUACCUGUGGUCCAUCUUCAACUUCGUCUACCUCAACUUCUGCUGCCUGGGCUUCAUCGCCCUGGCCUACUCCCUCAAAGUUCGGGACAAGAAGCUUCUCAAUGACCUGAACGGAGCAGUGGAGGACGCCAAGACCGCCCGGCUCUUCAACAUCACCAGCUCUGCCCUGGCGGCCUCUUGCAUCAUCCUUGUCUUCAUUUUCCUGCGGUACCCACUCACCGACUACUGAGGCCCCUACGGGCACCAUCGACCUGGAGAUUAAGCGCUGAGACGGCGUCAUUUUCGUGGCUGACAUGAUGCUGGCUGCCCCACGGUUGGGGCAGAGCAGGGCAUUUGCCCUGGGGCCCCCCCCGAAGCUGUGAACCCGGCAGCGAGGCCAUCAGAAGCUUCGUACAGCACGGGAGCGGCGAGCUUCCUGCUGGCCUACCCUCUGCCUCCUGGUCCUCCGCCUGUUUCUGGGGGCCCCGUGGGUUUCUUCCUGUGCUGCUGUACCCUGGCUUCCAGUGGCUGCCCUCCUUACCCACCUGUGCCCCCGCCCAGGCUUCUGGGACCCCUCAGACCUGACACCCAGCAAGAAGGGCUUUUGUGGGAGCUUCCCAGAAUGGGGGGGCUGCCAGCAUCUGGGGACUGACUCUCUCCUCCCUGACCCCGCCUCCUCCAAGCUGUGACCCUGCUCAGAGCUCUUGUAUCUGUGAACUUCCAAUAAAAUACCUGCCCAGCUCUGGCCCAGCCUCCUGUC